ACGCCUGCAAAGGAAAGGGGAAUCGGACCAGGACAACGUGGCUCGGUUUCAAUCUGAGCUCAAGGAGGACGUCGUUAAUGGCGAGUCAUCAAUGACUCAUGCGGUGGCGCGUGCUAGCGACAUCGUGGAGGUGCGGAACAUGACGGAUCCAUACGUACACGCCAAGAUCGUCAUGAAGGCCAGACUCAGCGACGACGACUUCGGGAUGACAAUUGUGAUCUCAGGAGAAGUCGUCGACUUCGAAGUCAGGUUGAUGGAGUUCUACGUCGUGUGUGUGCUGUUGUGGCAGUCUAUGAGCCGCCGCGGUUGCAGUCGCCAUCGUCGACUUUCAUGCCAGUGGCGGUGAUUUCAUCGUGGUGGUCUGCAAGCCCCACCGUGUGUACGCGUGUGCGUGUGUGCACAGUGCAUGUACAUUUGUAUGUAUGUACUGCCAAGCGAAGAGCUAUCCCCAACAGUAUGGACCUGGACAACACUAGCUAAGGAGAAGGAAGAUCCAAGAAAAGCGAUCCAGCCAUUGACCAGGCCAGGGAAGAAUUUUUCGUUUCUCCAUGCACGCCCUCCUGACACUUUGCUCCUCCAGAACGAACAAAACGACCAGCCAAUCAAUCAACCACUUCGUUAUAUUAAACCAGGCCACCAUUAGCACACUAACCUCUUUUAGCACCUCAUCGAUCCACCAAGAGUGCGACGGCAUUGGCAUGAGGGGAGGCGGAGCCGGGGAGAAGCUCCACAAGGAGGCCAAUGUCGCGCACGGCGCAGCAGUGUACGGCGGCUCCGGCAAGGCCAAGUUCUCCUUCCUCUACGGCCUCAUCCUCUACGUCAUCCUACCGGUGCUGGUCUUGUAUUUCGUCGUCAUCGCCGCCUCGCCGUUCUACAAUCCGCGGUGCUCGCCGGAGGGCAACGCCAUGGCAGCCCAUUUCGUGGUGGCCAAGCCCAACGUUUCUGUGCCCAUGUUGGUGAACGCUACCUCUUCUCCGCCCCCGCCUCCGGUGGCCAAACCGAGGUUGACGGCGGAGGAGGCGCCCACCGGGCUGCGUCACAUCGUGUUCGGCAUCGGCGCGUCGGCGUCGCUGUGGGAGAGCCGGAAGGAGUACAUCAAGUUGUGGUGGCGGCCGGGGCGGAUGCGGGGGUUCGUGUGGAUGGACAAGCCCGUGAAGGAGUUCUACUCCAAGAGCUCACGCACGGGGCUCCCGGCGAUCAUGGUGAGCUCGGACACGUCCAAGUUCCCGUACACCCACGGCGCCGGCAGCCGGUCAGCGCUGCGGAUCUCCCGCAUCGUCUCCGAGACCUUCCGGCUGGGCCUCCCCGGUGUCCGGUGGUUCGUGAUGGGCGACGACGACACGGUGUUCCUGCCGGAGAACUUGGUGCACGUGCUCUCCCAGUACGACCACCGGCAGCCGUACUACAUCGGGUCGCCGUCGGAGAGCCACAUCCAGAACCUCAUCUUCUCGUACGGCAUGGCGUUCGGCGGCGGCGGGUUCGCCAUCAGCCGCGCGCUAGCGGAGCAGCUGGCCAAGAUUCAGGACGGGUGCCUGCACCGGUACCCGGCGCUGUACGGCAGCGACGACCGCAUCCACGCGUGCAUGUCGGAGCUGGGCGUGCCGCUGACGCGCCACCCGGGUUUCCACCAGUGCGACCUGUGGGGCGACGUGCUGGGCCUACUGGGCGCGCACCCCGUGGCGCCGCUGGUGACGCUGCACCACCUCGACUUCCUGGAGCCGGUGUUCCCGACGACGCCGUCGCGCGCCGGUGCGCUGCGUCGGCUGUUCGAUGGGCCCGUGCGACUGGACUCCGCGGCGGUGGCGCAGCAGUCGGUGUGCUACGACCGCGCGCACCAGUGGACGGUGUCCGUUUCCUGGGGGUUCGCAGUGAUGGUGGUGCGCGGGGUGCUGUCGCCGCGGGAGAUGGAGACGCCGGUGCGGUCGUUCCUCAACUGGUACAAGCGCGCCGACUACACGGCCUACUCGUUCAACACGCGGCCCGUGGCGCGGCAGCCGUGCCAGAAGCCGCACGUGUACUACAUGCGCGGCAGCCGGAUGGACCAGCGCCGCAACGUGACGGUGACGGAGUACGAGCGGCACCGCGUGAAGCAGCCCGCCUGCCGGUGGCGCAUCGCCGACCCCGGCGCGCUGCUCGACAGCGUCGUCGUGCUCAAGACGCCGGACCCCGACCUCUGGAAGAGGUCGCCGAGGAGGAACUGCUGCAGAGUGGUGUCGUCGCCGAAGAAGGGGAAGGACCGGUCGAUGACCAUCGACGUCGGCGUGUGCAGGGACGGCGAGUUCGCCAAGGUUUAAUCACUAGUGGCGUUGAUUGGGAGAGGAGAGGAGGAAUUAGCGGCGGCAGAAGAGGUCCCGGAACAAACAGAGAGCCGAGUUUACCAUACGCCACGGCAGCUCGAUCGUGCGUGCUCAGUGAGUUGGUUACUGUAGUGUAAGGACUAAAGGAUGAUGCUUAGCUUUGUACAUUUAGCCUUAGUGCGGCGUCCUGGAUGAUGUCAUCCUCUGCUGUGCGUGAACUCUUGCAGAGCAGCAGAGGAACGGCGCGUUUUGCGAACGAGAUCCUGUCAAAGAAUCUAAUACUAACCACAGUGAUAUGCCAGAGCUCGUUUUGAGGAGCUGAUGCAAUGUACUAACCUCUCACUUGUAGCCUUAGCUUUCACUUGUAGCUUGUCAGUUUUCUCGAAAGGAAAUCGAGACACUUAGAGCAUCCACGGUGUUGGGAAAACCGGUGCGGGAAGAAGAGAGAG